UCCGUCGUCGAAACCGAUCAUUAUAGGUGCCCGCCCUCCGCCAUCACUUCGGACAACGGUUGCUGCAACACGAGUUUCGAAAUCUGGGCAGAUCGGGGAGAAAGGUCCGUGUCACGGCCAAAUGAUGUCGUCAACCCUUGUGAAGCGUAGACCAACAUCAACCAAGGAACCCGUUUCCUUGGUCUUCCCGCCGCGCUAUGAGUUGGUCAUUCCUGCUGGGCCACAAUAUUUUGGAGAUGACGACGAGGAGAACAGCGCAAAAGAAUGGGAGCGCGAUGAAGAUCGCGAAGAAUAUGAGGAGGGAGGCGAAGAAGAGGAAGUAGAGAGUGAACACACAAUCAGCGAGAGGGGUGGGCCGGGCGAGUUGGAGGGUCGUCUAGGGGUUGAGUAUGAGGACGAAGGGCAAGAAGAGGAAACGACCGGCGAGGGAGGGUAUGCAGAUGUGCAUCGGGGUUCCAAACGAACGCAGCUGCUUGCGCCGGGUCAUGGGCAUUGGGAAGCGGAUCCAGGUCGCGGGGAAAUGCACCGUGAAGUUGGGGUCGAGCCGGCGCAUGCCGAUGGAGUACGACUAGCUGAGAAGAAAAGAAAGAUGAGGCAAGAGAGGAGAAGUGCUUUGGACAGUAAGAAAACCAAGCAGGAGGGGGGAGCCGAGCAAGAGGAGGGCAAACACAAGUUGAAAAUGCUGGCAGUUGAGGAGGUCGUCCAACGUACGCGGGAGGCUGAGGAGGCCAUGACGAAAAAACAGCAGCCAAGGAAAAAAGCAGCGAAGGGAGGUGUGAUGGAAAAAACUUUCGUUUUUCCACCGGACCAGCCACAGUCGGAUGAAGACGCUGUGGGCAAGACAGUCACCAGACUGCCCGGUUUGCAGAUUCUGCCGCCUGGGAAUUCUUGUGGUCAUCUGAGCAAAGGCUUCUUCCUUGAGUUCGAUGAGAAUGGUAAACAGAGGUCGGAAAUGCAGUUCAUUUCUGUCAAGUUGGACAGGAUUCUGGAUAUCCCUGAUGAGGAAUUCAUAUAUAAUCAACGCUUCCUCGAUCAGGAGCUUAUUGAUGACCUUUACAAAACAAUGGUUGAGUCGGGUGAGGCAGCUAUCAAAAAGAGAACGACCGGGGCGGUCGGGGUGAAUGUAUGUGCAUUGUACGAGAAGCCUGUCCUUUUGUUGAUUGGGCUUCAUGAUACAAUGCAUACUGACGCUUCCAGUACGAAUGUGAGGGCGAGAAGAGUGACGCCCAGCGAAUUCGAUCUUCAAUCUGUGCGCAAGUACUACUGGUACCCUCUCAGUGGUCAACACAAUGUUGCGGCGGUGAGGAAAUGUUCUCAAGAACGCCCUGACAUCGCCUGUGAGCUCCGUUUGGAUUGCUGGAUUGCAAGGCCUGUUUACUAUCCGGAUAGGAGCAUGGAUAAUUACUGCACCUUGAGCACUUUCCAAAAUGCGAAGGACAAAUGGAAUACUCCUCCGCACCAGAUUGCUAUCGUUAAGAACAUACGAAAGUUGUGGCGAGCAGCUGGUCGUCCAAAAGCUAUAGGUGGAUCUGCUGCAGACGUCAAAAAUAAGGAUUACAGAGAGUUUGCAGCGAUGGCUUUGCGCGCGACCGGGAGUGAUCAUUUGGUUACUCUUUCACUUCAGGCUUGGAGCAAGGAGUGGUCCGAAUUCCUCGGGCCUUACAUGGUAUUGGCAAGGGCGACGGACGAUAUGUUUGACAAGGUGCAACAAGUGUAUUCUGCUUGGGAGAGUGGACAGUUGUCGGGGAGAGAUGGUGUGAAGCCUGCCACCAAACAAGGUGAACCGGGGAAAGCGCCGAGACCUGGCCCCGGAUUCGAGUUGGAAAAAGGAGUCAGGGUUCCAGUGCACUGGAUUCAGGGUACUAGAGGACCUGGUUACCUCGUGGUUGUGCGCGAUCCGGAUGUCAGAUCAUGGAAGGCUAUGUCUACGUUGGGGAGGCGUGAUAGGUUUCAGUUGUUGCGAGACAUUCUCGCGGGAAGUGUCAUACUGGCUCCAAGGCUAAGUAAAGUUGCUCACACUGCCGGGAAACAUUCGACGGAGACAUACGUGGAAAUGGUGAAGCAGAAAAGAGCAAUGUUGAGAAUGUUUCACUACUUUGUCUUCAUUUCUGACCCUCACAAGAAGCCGUCAGAGUGGAAGGAACCAUUCUUCGACAACCUUUCUGAUUUGUUCGCUAAGUAUUGUGAUCAAGGAUUGACAUCGGAGAGGUGGAUCGACCAGCGACGGCAUUUCAAAGAAACGAGUUGGAUGGGUGCGUGGACUGAACAAGUGUUUGCUGGACUCAAGAAGUUCAUGGACAAACUUGGCGGCGAGUAUUGGAUAUUGUUGUGCUUCGUUCCACGCCCUCGCGAGUUAACAUUCUUGAGGCGAGUUGCGAUGUGGGACAUUCACAUGGAUUUUCUCAAAUGGAAUCGUUUACAACAAACAAAGGGGAAAGUGGCAUGUAAGGUUGCAAACUUGCCUUUGGAGGACACAGACAGAAUGGUGGUCAUCAUGUACUCCCACGACGGGGAUUUUCAUCGCAACACUAUUCUCUUGUUUGAAGAUAUUCAAGCUGCAGGUCCAUCAUCUGGUGAGCGGGUGACUGACAUAUUGGCACUUGUGCGGAGAGAGAGAAAGCCAAAGAUGUUGACUGAUGUCGUGGAGAAGAACUUUCUACCAUCAAAGUGGAAAAUGGCAGGUAUGGAUCCGCCGGAGAAAGUGGUCUACGAUGGUAUGGAAAGGGAGUCGAAUGCGAUGGUGGAGACAUUGGAGCAUUUUUGUCUUGCGGAUGAGGCUGUCGUUUUCCUCGGGAAAGGUCAUGCGAGAUUGGUUUGGGAGUUGUUAAAGAGUCACCGUCAUUGCAUUGUGCUGGAAGGGGAGGGUAUGAAGUUCGAGUUCCUCACUCAGUUCAUUGACAAGAUGGUCAAAACUCGAGAUUACUACGCCAACUUUACUAAGCUGCCUCCUAGACAUGAUGAAGGGCGUGAUCUCGUCUACAAGGUUGGCCAAAACGUGGUCAAUAUUUGGGAGUUUCUCUUCGAAACAAAGCCGCAAGACAGAAGGGAACGUACUUAUGUCCUCAGAAGAAGAAAAGUGGAGAAGCUCUUGAGGGGUUAUCAUAAAGCACCAUCGGAGAAGGAGGUUUCAUUUGUCGACCGCUUGGAGACAAUGUACUUCGACCAACAAAUCGGGGCAUUUACAAUCGCAGGUUAUGCGACUUGUUUUGUGGAUGGUGAGGACUUUGAUGCCGACGACUCAGAAGAAGAGAGUGUUGAUGGCACGUUGCAAGCGGCUUUGGCAACUGAGAGGCAAAGAGCUUGUAGCCCGGGUUCGCAGAGAAUGGGUGUUCCAGGCACAUCGUCCGGUUCUGGAGGAGCUUCGAGCAUGGCGGUUUCAACGGGUCAGUUAAUGACUCAGUCGCCGACUUCUUCUAUUGUUACGCCAACUCAGAUGGCGGACAAUACGAUGACGGUGGCAUCCGGAGGCAGUCUGGAUCCAAGUGUUCUAGCAAUGCUCUCCCCAGAGUUGGUGGCAACUUUGGCACCAUUUGCACACAGCCCAAGUACUAUUAUGGAAUUGCUACGCUCUCGAACUCCACAACAACCUCUACCAAAUGAGCCUUUGGAGUACGAGAUUGGAGACACAAUCCCUGCAGACAUUCGACUGCUUCCGGGGCCUAUAGUGUGCUGAGACGAUUAUACGGUGACGGAUGAUGCCACAUGGGGUCAUCACAUUA